UCCCGCACCGCUCUAGCCUUCUUGCGGGUUUCUUUUACCGUAGCAGCAUAACGGGGCUCCGGCCUGAUGUCCGAGCUGCCUCAGCUUCUGAAGCCUGUUUGAGAAAUGUUUCACCAGAGUGCGGAGGAGGCGAGAGACACCAGCUUUAGCAAAACAGAUAAACCAUCAUGAUUCCCGUCACAGAGCUCCGAUACUUUGCUGACACCCAGCCAGCGUACCGCAUCCUGAAGCCAUGGUGGGACGUUUUCACAGACUACAUCUCAAUCGUCAUGCUGAUGAUUGCAGUGUUCGGCGGGACGCUGCAGGUCACACAGGACAAGAUGAUCUGCUUGCCUUGCAAGUGGGUCGUUAAUGACUCGUGCGAGGUCAUGCCCAUGCCGAAUCUGACCACCCACUACGCACCGGAACCCAAAGGCAUUCAGUAUGACCUCGACCGACAUCAGUAUAACUAUGUAGACGCAGUCUGCUAUGAGAAAAAACUACACUGGUUUGCCAAAUAUUUCCCCUAUCUGGUGCUACUCCACACUCUAAUCUUUCUGGCCUGCAGCAACUUCUGGUUUAAGUUCCCCCGCACGAGCUCUAAAGUGGAGCAUUUUGUCUCCAUCCUCCUCAAGUGCUUCGACUCUCCGUGGACAACGAGAGCUUUGUCUGAGACCGUGGUGGAGGAGAGCGACCCCAAGCCUGUGGGGAAAAUGAACGGUUCGAUGGACAAGAAGGCCUCAAGCGUGAGCGAGGAUGUUGAGGCCAGUGUGCCCAUGCUCCAACGAACAAAGUCCAGAAUUGAACAAGGAAUUGUUGAUCGCUCUGAAACUGGAGUUUUAGAUAAAAAGGAAGGGGAGCAGGCCAAGGCCCUUUUUGAAAAGGUUAAAAAGUUCAGAAUACAUGUAGAGGAGGGUGAUAUAGUGUACCGCCUCUACAUACGUCAGACCAUUAUCAAGGUAAUAAAGUUUAUACUGAUAAUUGGCUACACAGCCCACUAUGUAAAACACAUCAGCUUCAAUGUGCUGUGCACAGAGAAUAUUCAGAAUCUAACCGGGUACAGCUCGUUCCAUUGCGCUCAUCCGUUAGCAACUCUUUUCAGGAUUUUGGCCUGUUUCUACAUCUCCCUGGUGGUGGUUUAUGGUCUCAUCUGCAUGUACACUCUUUGUUGGAUGCUCAGCCGCUCCCUGAAACGAUACUCAUUUGAAGCAAUCCGCGAGGAAAGCAGUUACAGUGACAUCCCAGAUGUAAAGAACGACUUUGCCUUCAUGCUACACAUGAUAGAUCAGUAUGACCCUCUUUACUCCAAGCGCUUCGCUGUGUUUCUGUCAGAGGUGAGUGAAAACAAGCUGAGGCAACUCAACCUGAACAAUGAGUGGACACUGGAGAAGCUACGGCAGCGUAUCACCAAGAACUCCCAGGAGAAGCUGGAGCUGCACCUCUUCAUGCUCAGUGGGAUUCCAGACACGGUGUUUGAUCUGAUUGAACUAGAGGUGCUCAAGCUGGAACUUAUUCCAGAUGUUACUAUCCCUCCAAUCAUCGCCCAGCUUUCCAACCUAAAAGAAAUGUGGCUCUAUCACACCCCGGCUAAAAUUGAGGCUCCAGCUCUGGCCUUUCUAAGAGAGAAUCUGAAGUCCCUCCACAUUAAGUUCACUGAUAUCAAGGAGAUCCCAUUGUGGAUCUACAGCCUGAAGAAUCUCAGAGAGCUGCAUUUAACCGGGAACCUGAGUGCUGAGAAUAAUCGUUACAUUGUCAUCGAUGGGCUCCGAGAGCUCAAAAGUCUCAAAGUGCUACGGCUUAAGAGCAACCUCACUAAGCUUCCCCAGGUGGUAACGGAUGUGGGUGUGCACCUUCAGAAGCUCUCCAUCAACAAUGAGGGCACCAAACUAAUGGUGCUCAACAGCCUGAAGAAAAUGGUCAACCUGACUGAGCUGGAGCUCAUUCGUUGCGAUCUCGAACGUAUUCCGCACUCCAUCUUUAGCUUGCACAACCUGCAGGAAAUCGACCUGAAGGACAACAAUCUGAAGACGAUAGAGGAGAUCAUCAGCUUCCAGCACCUGCACCGCCUCGUGUGCCUGAAGCUGUGGUACAACCAGAUUGCCUAUAUCCCCAUUCAGAUCGGAACACUCACCAACCUGGAAAGGCUCUAUUUGAAUAGGAACAAGAUAGAGAGGAUCCCCAGCCAGCUUUUCUUCUGCCGCAAGUUGCGCUUCUUAGACCUGAGCCACAACAAUCUGACCAGCAUCCACCCAGAUGUGGGCUUCCUCCAGAACCUGCAGUAUUUUGCAGUGACAGCAAACAGGAUUGAGACGUUGCCUCCAGAGCUGUUCCAGUGUAAGAAACUUCGUACUCUGAAUCUGGGGAACAACUGCUUGCAGACGCUACCGUCACGUUUUGGGGAACUGACCGGGCUGACUCAGCUGGAGCUGCGAGGGAACCGUCUGGAGUGUCUUCCGGUGGAGCUCGGCGAGUGCCGGCUGUUGAAGAAGAGCAGCCUGGUGGUGGAGGAGGACCUGUUCAACACGCUUCCCUCAGAAGUGAAAGAGCAGCUGUGGAGGGCCGAUAAGGAACAAGCCUGAGCCGAACCACUGUGGACAGCUGCAGAGGAGAGAAGUUUGAUCAGAGGAAUGAAGAAGCAGUGAAAUUUUGUGAAACUUUGAAGGAGAUGCAGCAGUUCUGGCCCAACAGGCACAGGAAAGUGAUGGCUUUUGGAAUUGUCUCAUGCCUGCCAGUGGAAUAAUCUCAUAACCUAGCUUGGUGAUGAAAGGUGGUUUGGUAUUGUGGCCUUUCAGUGUUUCAUCCAGGUGAUGUUGAGUAUGCAUGCCACAAUAGGAACUGUCCAAAGCAAACCCGUUUAUUUAAACUUUGCACGAUUCAACCUUGCCAGUGAUCUACAUGUGCUGAUUAUCACUACUUUACUAUCAACAGGAAAUAUGCACAGAAGAGUGUUAGCCUGACGUUCUCUGGCCUCGAGACUGAAAAUCACUUUUGAGUUUUAUACGGUUAUAUCUGCAGAUGAGGUGCAGCGUGCCUCACUGUGCUAGCAGAUGUAAUUGAACGAAUUACAGCGCAACUGAUAGCCGAUGUGUUGAGGCAUGAAGCUUCGCCGUGUUGUUUUUCCUUCUGGCUUUCUUUAUGCUCGACUUACUCUGAGGCAUUUUUUUUAUGUAGACAAAAUGACUUGAUGAAGAUUAGCAAAUCAUCUCACGGGUGAUCUCACAGCUUAGGCCUUAGCUCAGAACACGAACUUCAAAGAAACAAAGCUGUCAAAUAUUCAGUGGAAACAAAUGGGAACACACUCUACAGUUCAAUGUCUAAAUACCCUGCAGUUGUUAAACUAUAACGUCAGUCUGUGAGGCAGGCUGUUGGUUAACUGCAUGGGAAGUUAUGGUGGACAAAUCCAUCUUCUUUCUUUGAAUCUUUUUGUUUCAACGAGCAUUAUACUUUUUUUUGAGUGUGUUACUUUAUCAGAUUUAAUAUGACACCUUGUAAUGUGUUGGGAAAAGGCCAAGAAUUUAUUCUGGUGUACUUUUAAAUUGUACCAUACAUUAGCAUAAUGUUUGGGCCUGUGAGAAGGGCUGUUUUAUUGUGAAUAAUGGAAUGCAAUGUUAUGCACAAUAGACGUGUAGUUUUGGUUUUGCAUUUAUUUUAAAAAGAAAUUGUCAAAGCUAUACCCAUAUUAUUGUUAUUUUCUUUGCUAUGUUGUAAUUACAUGUAAUUACGUGAGGUUAGCUGUCCUUGCAUUACAAGUCACAGCGGAUUUCUUUUUGUUUUGUUUUGGGUUUUUUAGUUAAAAUAUAUGGAGCUUAGAUACUGCUAAUCACACAUCGAGUAGAUAAUACACUUAAAAAAUGAACAAGAAUGAAGGUACUUUUUUCUUCUUUUCUUAAUUCCUUUUUUUUUAUGCGCCAUAUGAUUUAUGAAGCUUUAGUCAAGCUUUACAUGUGUGGGACUCCCAAAGGAAAUGAACUUCAGAUGUGAUAAUGGAAAGUUUAGAUACUUCCUGUUUGAGAAGAGUUGAGUCAAGCUUCAAAAGCAGACACUUACAUGUAAUCUGUUUAUCUAAGUGACAGAUGAGGACAAACAGGAAAUGGAAGAGUGGAGAAACAUUUAGAUCAGACAACAGAAGGGAAACAUUUGCAGAGAGAGGGAGAGAGAAAACGAACAUGCAAUAUGUGAUUCCCACCAUCUAUGGACCAAAUUAAUGUAACAUGCGUGGUUUGCUUGAAACACUUUCCUUAUUAAGGCCUUUGGAUUUAAUAGCAUCAUUUGGACUAAUUCUGCCAUGUUUACCCCAGCCAAGCAUCUCUUGCAGCUAAUAUGGCCUUAGAUUUUACAAGCUUUAUACCCCAGGAAUGAUUGCAAACAUCACAAUCUUGGCUCGUUUUUUAUUUCUUGUGUUGUAAAAUGUAUAGCUGAAAUAUUUAAUGUGUUUGUUUCACGUGUACCGUAUUCUUCCUACCUGCUGUUUUUCUCUUUUGAUUCAAGCUUUUUAAAGGAAGGUUAACUCUAAUGAUACAAUUAUACCUUUGUUCACGGUAUAUUUUGUUUACUGAGGCCUUGACUGAAUCCAAAUGUCCUUGUAGGGGGAACUAGUAAAGCGCUCCCAUGCGGUAUUAAAAGGCACAAAUAGGAGCUUUAGCUUUAUGUGAGCUGACGAGCAACUAGUGCUAACAUUGCAACAGAGAUUGCAGAUGGAAGCAAAAAGGGAAUAAUGCCAGAGAAACAGAUUCAUCCACAGGAAAUCUCAGCUUUCCUGGAAAGGAUUGAAUGCUUAAAUUGAAUUGCUUGCAUACUGCGGGAUAAACGUGAGCUGUGCCAAGUAUGCGGAUAGGGACUGUUGGCCUGCUGGCCUGCCAGUCAAUCCACAAAAAUAGGCAAGUAAAUAAUGUAGUAACAUAGAAAUGUGUAUGAUGUUGGGCUAUAACUGGCAGUUUACUCUGAGUUAGCCCAUCUAGUCUGAUUAUUGAUUGUUAUUAUUUUUUAAAAACAAUGUAUCAUGUUGUUCUUCAUUGUUGCCAAUACGUAGCGUUCCUGUUAUUGCUAAUUAAGGUUUUUAUUUCAGGAAAGUGUCACUUUCAAAGCACUAAUAACUGGCCUUAGUCAACUUUAGGUUGUCUGUAAAGCUUUCUGUUUGCACACAGCACUUAAGCAGUGUACAGUGGUACUAAUGGCAGACAGGGCCCGACCGAUAUCGAUACCGAUAUUUGGUGACUUAAAAAGCCAAUACUCCGAUAUUUUUCUUUUCUCUUUCAAACGCACUAAACAUAAACAAAUUCUCCUGAUGUAUUUUAUGUGUCGUUAUUUAUUCACCUACGCUCUGCUCGGAUCAGGCGGCUGUUGUGUUUGCGUCGUUCCAAACACGCGUUGAUGAAAGGGAAGUUGCAGACUGCCCUCUGGUGGACAAUCUAUGCAACAUCAACACUCAUGACAUGGUUGAAGGAUGUUUCUCCUGUCUCUUCUUUUUUUUUUUUUAAGUUUUCAUUUAUCAACAACACUGUUGUAAAUGCCAAUACCGAUACACUGGCGAAUAGCUAAUAUCGGGCAAUAAUAUUGUUGUGUUCUAAUGGCAGACUUUAGAUUUACAAAGCACUGGUUGCUUGAUUUGAGCCCAAGGAUAACAACUGUAUGCACAUUUUUUGUUACUAAAUUUUAGCCUUAACAUGUGGGUCACAUCAUUAGUUCUGGAAGUUCAGACAUAUAUAAAAACCUAAAUUAUUUCCUAGUAGAGCCUGUAAAGUCAGUAUAGCUCGCGAAGAUGGAUGGUGCUCAUUCGCACUCUCUCACACUACUUUGUCAAAAUUCCCAUGAAUAUGUUUUUAUCUGGUGGUUUGUUUGUUUUUCGUUCCUAUGUUUGGACACAUACGCACAAAUAUGGUGAUGAGUUGCCUUGGUCAUUUUUGUUCUGUCCUUCGAGCUGUGACUCGGCUCUACAGUCCUUCACCGUCACGUCCCUCUGAGUCAUGCGUCUAAUUUUCAGCCCACUCCCUUUUCUGUUAGUGAAUCAGGUGAAGGUCCGAGGAAAAGGUCAGUCAGACAUUCCCACAAAACCAAAAGGAGGAAGUUUUGAUGACUCAUACGUGCUCCUUGGUUACAAGAAAACUCUAGCAGUUUCAGAUAUAGUCUCAGCUCAUUUUCACCCAAACACAUUAAGUCAGUGUGUAUAAAAGCUUUUCUUGUUUUUGUUCUUCUUCUUUUUUGUUAUUUUCCAGCUUUUCCCAAUUCCUUUUGUGUGUUUCUAAAUUAUGUAUCACUUAAGCAAUGUUUGUGUGAAGCAGCGUGACUGGUCAGUUUAUUCUUGCUCAUAAUCAUCAUUCAUAUUGCUGCUGGUUUCCCUUUGGACACUGCUGUUUUUGAAUAAACAAAACAGGACUUCACAACUGAGCAGAAACGACUCUCGACAAUCUUGACUUACUGUAAAUGGAGGUGAGCUCACCCUCCAGUGUGGGCAUUGUGUACAUCAGUAUAUCAUCUGUUAAUAUUUCCCAAGAUUGUACAUUUCCAGACAGUUUCAUUUCCUUUUCAUCGCCCUAGCUUUUUCUUAAACUGCCGUGGUUGCAUUAUAUUUCUGCCUGUGUAUGGAACAUAAAUCAUGAUUGUAUUUGCUCUGUACAAUUCAUCUCUGUAUUCUGAUGCCUGUAGAUCAGGGAAAACGGUUCAUUUCCAUCCAUUUCAUUUGAAACCAUGUGUGCGUUGAUACUGGAAGGAACGCUUUUAAACCUAAGCAGCGAUCACGUUAAAUGUAAACUAAAAGUUGGAUGGACGGACUUGUUUCACUCAGCACUGUCUGUAUCACAAGGCCUUUUACUAAUUGUUGCCAAGUGGACUGAACACUGGCUUUUUAAGUGGGACGUCUGUAACAAUGGACAACUGAACUUUGCCUAAUGUUCAGGCUCUCCUUUUGUACCAUUACGAUAUAUGAAAAUAAAA